AUGAAUCCGGGAGAAUUAGAUCGUCUCCCGAUGCCUGGAGUUUUUCAAUCAAUAAAUGCUUUCACAAUCGCUGAGGAUGGACGAACUGCUUAUUUUCACGAUCCUCAGCCUGAUGUGGUCUAUUCAGUCGAUUUGAGAAAUGGAAUCAGGAAAGCACUGAAAUGGGAAGAUCACGAUUUCAAGCACCGUCGCUGGUUAUGCUACACUCUAUUCAACUUUAAAUACUCAAAUGAAGUCUAUUUGUCGAUGUUGUUCUACAAUAAGCAUAAAAAGGUUUUUUGCUUGAUUCAUUUUCUGAUCGCUGGGGAGUUGUUGAUCAAAAGGCAGACAUCGAUGUUGAAUACUUCAGCGAUUACACAUGAUCGAUUGGCAUAUUCAGUGCAGAAAUGCUCGAAUGAAAUCCAGAUGAUCUUUUAUGAACGAUUCUCCCGAGCUCACUCAAUAGAUGGAGAUGAAAACCAAAAUCCGUUACACUUUGUCUGUUGCAUUCUCGACACGACAACAAUGAGAGUCACCACGAAACAGGGAAUGCUCCCAAUGGGACAAUGGGAAUUGCCAUUCAUCACGAAUCGAAAGCUUCAUGUUCUCUGCACCACUAGAAGCCCGAACAUUUUGGCUUCUAGGAGUUUGGAAUCAACAGAAACACUCUGGGAUGCACGGGCUAUCAAUCCAUCAUUGAAUGAUCUCACUCCGGCCAAGAAAGCUCAAUGGUGCAACGCCUGGACAACGGAAGCCGGGUAUUUUGCGCUAUUGGAAAAGAUUGUGAGCCAAGAAGAGCCGGAAGUGCAAACGAUACGUCGGGUUUUCCUCUGGCAUUUGGAUCCGAGUACAGCUAGUUGGACAAAACUUCCUUGUCAACAGGAUCUCCCGGAUUGCGCAUCGAAUAUUUCUUUUCGAAUCGGUUUAGAUGGGAUGGGAUACGUGCAUUGUGAUCUUCAACCAAGAGAGGCUUGCAUACUGAAAGUGAAGCUCGAUCAAGCGUUGACAAACGCGAAUCGAGUGGCGGCCGAGGCGGCGGCGGAAGAUUGGCUACCUUUGGAAUCGCAUAGCACCGAAAAUGGACAAAACUCUUCAAAUUUCAGAGAACCUUUAUCUGAUCUGAUUUGCCCGAUUUGUUUGGAUACAUACGAUGACGCUCGGACACUCUCUUGUGGCCAUUCCUUGUGUUGGGCUUGCGUGGAACAGAUGCGACUUGUUGCGAAAAGCGAGACCGUUGCGUGUCCGGCUUGUCGAAAGCUCACAAAGAUCCCAGCUGGUGGAUUGCCAGUGAAUUAUGGGUUAAAAGAUGCAAUUCUAACCCUCAGCCGUCUUGUCGAGGUCCGGAAUCGAGGAAUUCGUUGCGGAGAGUGUCGGGAGAAAUGUGAAGAGACGAAAAUGUGGACGUGUUUGACGUGUUUGAGACACGGGAGUACGAAACUCAACCGUGAAUCGAUGGUUUAUGUCGGAAAUUUGAAUGCGUCAAGUUUUGAAGAAGAUCCAAAUGACAGCAAUGCAGAAAGUCUACAAAAAGAGAUGAGCCAACAAGAGCGCUUUGGGCGUUUCUCGUUUUGCGCAUCUUGUCUACUUUAUUAUCAUAAAGGGCACGACUACGAAGAAGUGCUCAAAUUACGAGAACGAUCAAAAUUGGUGGAUGAGAUGAAAGGAAAAUGGUUGGAAAAGGCGAAUUCGAGCAUUCAAACGAUCAAAGAGACGACAACCACAAUUACAAAUGGACUGUUUGAUGAGGAAUUUCUCGAACGAUGCUCUACAGCGAUCUCUUCAAAUCCACCAUCGUUUCAUGGAUCUCCGCAGAAUUUGUCUCCAUUAGAGCCACCGAGGGGAUUUUCAUCGCGAAGAAGCUCAACGGAUCGAAAUUUCACCCCACAAUCUUCGUCACCGACUCCAAGAUAUGAAAAAGAAACCGAGGUGUCAAUCCCGUCCCUUGCCCCAUCUCUGCCCACUCCAACAUCUCUCGGUUCUCACAGUUCUCCUCUUCUACCACCACUUCCCUCAACUCUUCCACCAUUGGAAAAAUUGAAGCUAGAAAGUGAACCGAUCAUUCGAAGACCCACUGUUUUGUCAUCACUGCGGGAUCGUCCCACUUCCCUUCAAGCAUCUCCCCUUUCCUCUCCACUCCAACCGAGAACUGUUGUCACUGUUUACACAUUACUACGAUGG